UUAGAUUCCUAGUUGUUGGUGCUAUAAGCCGGGCAAGAUUCCAAGAUAGAAAUAUAUCAUCCUUUUUGGAUACGACAAAAGUCAAAGUGAAGGGUUCUAAUUAUGGUUGAAAAGCCCGCUCAUCUUGGCAGUGCCAUUAUAUCCUGUAUACUUAGUUUAGUGAUUUUCGGAACUUUGCGCUUCUAUGCUGACUGGUUUAUCUCAACUCAACUUACAAUUCUAUUCGGAGGCUUCGUCAGUUCGUUUAUAUUUUUGUUUAGCUUAACCUCUUUAUCGAACUUUGAGAUGUUAUUGUUUGGCGAUGAUUUUGCUUGCAAAUUUAUACCAGAAGUGUUGGUAUGUCUCCUCCUUUCGGUCUUGUCUGCUAGUGUUGUGCAUCGAGUGUGUGCAACAACAUGCAUAAUUUUUUCCAUAUUAGCAUUAUAUUUUGUGGAUCGAAUUUCAAAUGAGUGUUAUCAUAAGACCUCCACAAUUCCUGAAGCUAUACAACAUCGUAAAGGUGGUAGCAAGAAAAAUAAAUAAUUUUCGCAAAAAUUCGAAUGCAUUUAGAAAAUAUUACCAACUUGCAGCACUACACAAAUUUUAAUACAGUAUUUUAAGCUUCAUCGAAUAUUCCAGUGACAAAUUUGCAAUACUUUUAAUAAAUACUUCAUUAAGGAUUAUUUCUAUAAAAUAUAAA